AUGGCCCCGGAUGGCGGUGAUGGGUCAAGGAGUAGUGGAGCCUCCGGGAAGAGUGGAGGGCCCUCCAGACAGGUGCUGAAGAAGGGGCCAUGGACAGCCGUGGAGGACGCGAUCUUGAUGGAGUACGUGAAGAAGCAUGGUGAAGGAAACUGGAAUUCAGUUCAGAGGAACUCUGGGUUGAUAAGAUGUGGUAAGAGUUGUAGGCUGAGAUGGGCUAACCAUCUGAGGCCUAAUCUCAAGAAGGGCACAUUUUCUGCUGAGGAAGAGAGGCUCAUCGUUGAGCUUCACGCUAAGCUCGUUCUGUCGAUGGGUUCGUCUACUCCAGCAAAGCUUCGACAAUGUACUUCAAUCAAUGGCUAG